AUGAAGGGCUACUGGAAACCAGCGUUGCUUAUACUGGGCUUUGUUUCAUUUGUAUAUGCUUUUACUACCAUUGAAACAGAAAUUUUCCAAUUGCAAAAUGAAAUAAGUACAAAAUAUGGCUCAGAAAUGAACUUUUACAAGUUUUUAAAGCUACCCAAAUUGCAGCAAUCUAAUUCAAAGGAAAUUACCAAGAAUUUGAGAAAGCUGUCUAAGAAGUACCACCCGGAUAAGAAUCCCAAGUACCGCAAAUUGUAUGAAAGAUUGAACUUGGCUACUCAAAUUCUUUCCAAUAGCUCCAAUCGUAAGAUUUAUGAUUAUUAUUUGCUAAAUGGGUUUCCGAACUAUGAUUUUCAUAAGGGUGGGUUUUAUUUUACGAGAGUGAAACCCAAAACGUGGUUUGUGCUGGCUUUCAUUUGGAUAGUCAUCAACAUUGGGCAGUAUAUCAUUUCUAUUAUACAGUAUCGUUCUCAAAGAUCUAGAAUUGAAAACUUUAUCGACCAAUGUAAACAGCAAGAUAACACUAAUGGACUAGGUGUUAAACAAUUGACAUUUAAGCAGAAUGAAGAGGAUGAAGGGAAGAAUUUGGUUGUAAGGUUUAGCGACGUCUACGUUAUGGAGCCUGACGGAAGUGAAACUCUAAUCUCACCGGAUACUUUGGACAAACCUUCAGUAAAGAAGUGUUGGUUUUGGAAAAUACCUGCCUCCAUUUGGAACAUUACAUUGGGUAGAUUUGUUAGCGAUACGGAAGAGGAAGAGAUAUUGAAGGAUAAUAAAAAAUUUGAUGGGGAGCACGUAAAAAAAGGAAACACAGUGAAAAGGAGAUCUGCGAAGAAAGGUCAGAAGAAAAUGGAAUUGCCUAAUGGCAAAGUAAUCUAUUCACGCAAGUGA